UCCACCUGCCGGGCGAUGGCUAAAGCGGGAGGUGCGCCGCGAGCUCGCGGCUUGAGCGGGCAGAGUUCAGCCAAGUGGGAAAGAGCAAGUGGCGCCGCCGCUCCGCCACCAGUGGCGCACAGGUGCGUCUCGCCUCUGGCUUACGGUGGGCGGGCUGGGAAGAUGCCUCUGGGACUGAGGAGAAAGAAGAAAGGCAAAUCCAGGGAGACCUCCAUGCUGGUGGACGGUGAGGCUCCGCCGGCGCGAGGGCGAGGCGACGACGAGCUCGGGGUCGGGGCCGGCGCUCGUGCCGGAGCGGGGGGCGCCACAGCUCCGCGCGGUCCCGUCCGCUUGGUCUUCCACACUCAGCUGGCGCACGGCAGCCCCACGGGGCGCGUGGAAGGCUUUGGCAGCGUGAAGGAGCUUUACGCUAAAAUCGCUGAGGCGUUCCGCAUUUCCCCGGCCGAGAUCAUGUUUUGCACAUUGAAUACACACAAAAUUGAUAUGAACAAGCUUUUGGGUGUGCAAAUUGGUCUUGAAGACUUUAUAUUUGCUCAUGUCAAAGGAAUAAAAAAAGAAGUGGAUGUUUUCAAAUCAGAAGAUUCACUUGGACUUACCAUUACUGAUAAUGGAAAUGGAUGUGCCUUCAUAAAGAGAAUUAAAGCAGGAAGUCUUAUUGACCAAAUAAAAGUGAUAUGUGUUGGUGACCACAUAGAAUCUAUAAAUGAAAAAAACGUAGCAGGCUAUCGUCAUUAUGAAGUGGCUAAGAAUUUAAAGGACUUGAAGAAGGGUCAGACAUUUACAUUAAAACUGAUAGAACCUAUGAAAUCAUUUGAAAUUAUCGAGCCAAGGUCAAAAAGUGGAACUUUUGCAGAGGAAAAAAUCUGCCGAGGAAGAGAGACUCUUCGACUAAGAUCCAAAGGUUCUGCUACAGUAGAAGAAAUGCUUUCAGAUGUUGAAGAAAAGGCUACCAAAAAGGUGGAUGAUCUUCUGGAAAUGUACAUGGGAAUAAGAGAUCUUGAACUAGCUGCAACUAUGGUAGAAGCCGGAAAAGGCAAGAACAAUCCAGAUGAAUUUGCAGUAGCUCUUGAUGCAGCUUUAGGAGACUUUGCAUUUCCAGAUGAAUUUGUCUUUGAUGUAUGGGGAGCCAUAGGUGAUACUUUGAAAGGGUGAAUUUAAUGAAAGGCAUGAAUUGUAUUCGAGUACUGUGACAGCAGUGUGUAGCCAUGUACACGGCAUUGAAUAUGAACCAAAUAUUCUAAAAAGACCUAUUUAAAAUUUAUAAACCUGAACAAAUUACAUGAAUGUAGGAUUAUAUUUGUACAAAACUUGUAGCCCGAUUUGCAGUUAAUUUAACAUAUUCACUUCGAAUCUUUGCUGAACAAAAUUCAAGUAUUUUCUUUGUGUAUGUACAUAAAUAUAUGCUAGUUGCCAAGCACCCAUAGUUUGAUCAUGUGACCCUAGGGAUGCUGCAAUGGUCAUAAGCGUCUAUUUUUUCAGUAUUGUUGUAACUUUGAACGGCCACUAAAAAAAUGGUUGUAAGUCAAGGACUAUCUGUAAAGACAUAAAAAAUGUCUAACCAGCUGCAUGAAAUAAAAUGUACUUUUUUCAUUGUUUUUAUGUUUGGACUGCACGACUGUUAGUCUAAUAGCAUCAAAGCCAAGUUAACGUAUGUCCAGUGUCAGAGAAGUGAACAGAAUUUUGUACUGCAGCCGGGUGGCUGGGUGUGAAUUAGGUGGCCAUAUAAAUUUAUCAAAUAAACAAAGUGUCUCAGCUCUAGACAGAUGGCAAUGGCAAAACGCUUUCAAAAUCCUUGCCAAGAAAACUGCAUGGAUUUUUUCCAGACAUUUGCCAGGAUCAAAGGAUAUCUUGAAGGCAUCAAAAGUUAAACCAUACCAAACAAACAAACAAAAAAUCCACCUAUGAUUUACUGCUUUAAACUCUAUGAAUCAGUUCCUAUAUUCCAUGAAACCAUUGCAUUUGUCAAGAGAACAUAGAGAUAAUGCUGAGAUUUUCAGUGGACUCUCCUAUAUAAAUAUACCGGUAGUUUUUGUGUGAAAUCUAUCAGUUGACCUUACUAUAGUUGGAACCUCUAUAGUUGGAACUUCUAAUGUAAACAGAACAAUAUCUUUUUUAUAAUCUUACAAUAUCAGAAAUAGGGAUGGAUACCUAUUAAAGCUAAUUUCAAAGUUAUCCUCAAAAAAAAUAUUUUUCUUUCUCCUGUUCUUGUAAUUGGUUUGUUGCUAAGUGCAUUUGCAGAACAACUUAAUGCCAAGAUCACUGCAAUGUUACAUUUCAGUAGAUCUGAUAUAAUGUAAAAUAGGAACCUAGUAUACUAUUUUAAUCAUUUUGCUUUAAACUGGUUGGAAUUGACACUGAUGUAGAGCACCUAUUGAAAUGAAAAAAUGCUGCCAACUUGAAUUCUGAUCUCUUUCUCUCCUAUACAUAAUUUAGAUAUAUAUACCAUACACAGAAAUGACACUUUGUACUGUAUUAUGCUAUUAAAUUUUUACUCCCUUUUAAAAUGAAUUACUUAAUUUUUCAUUCUGAUUCUAAUUCAAUUAUGAAUCAAGUAGGUUUUGAUUAUGCUUUUCAAAAAGCAUAAAAAAACCUUUUUUUUCCAUGGUUGGGCUGAAAGAAGUUACAAAUAUUGAGCUGAGUCUCAUAAAGUGAAGCUUAUUUCACAACCCACCAAAUAAGUCAUUAGAGUAAAAUACUUUGAACAUACUUGUAUUACAAUUUCACAAAUUUCUUUAUACCUGAAUGUUAAGAAAAUAAAAUAUUUUCUCAAAAA